AUGGUGUUGUGUGAGUGUCGUGAGGAGAUAAACCCCAUGAAAAUCCCUCCUGAGAUAAUGCCAAUAAGUGGUGGAAGUGGCUGGAAAGCAGUGUACUACAUUGAACCUCAGCCAGAUGACUUUGAGGGAAAGUUACUCACUUUUCUGCAGAAGGAAGGGAAAACCUUAGAAGAUAUCCAAGGGCUACCCACCCACAAAAGGGAAGUGGAUGGUAAUUCUGAAGCCAUCAUCCGUGCCGUAGGUGAAUUAAUGGUCAGAACAAACAAACAGACUGAAAGCCAUCCAUAUAGACGUCUAAGGACAUUUUCCGGGGUCAGUCCCACCCCAGCUGGGGAAGAAGCCUUAGAUAUCUGGUUGGAGCAUGCCACACUUCUAGUAGAUGAAGGUGAGUGCCCCAGUAAAGAAAAACGUCGACGCAUACUGGAAAGUCUCAAAGGGCCGGCCUUGGAGAUCAUUCAGGCCGUGCGUCUGACCCAACCUGAUGCUAGUUCCCAGGAUUACAUAGAGGCCAUAGAGACCAGUUUUGGCAGAGUGAAGUCAGCAGAGGAGCUCUACCUGUCGUUCAGAGCGCUUCACCAACAGCCUGGUGAGCGCCUGUCUGAGUUUCUGCGAAGAGUAGAGAGGUCUCUUGUUAAAGUAGUCCAGGGAGGUGGUUUACCAUUUAGCGCUGCUAACAAAGCUCGGUUAGAGCAGUUAGUCAAAGGAUCCACUUCUGAGCUUAUGUUGCUUCAGUUGAAAAUAAGGGAACGAUUGGAUAGUCCUCCCUUAUUCCUGAACUUGUUAAGAGAGGUGAUGGAAGAGGAAGGCCGCCAAGCAGCCAAACAAAGCCAUACCCCAUCUAAGUGUCACCAAAGGGUUCGUACAGUUCAGGUGGAAAAGGAGAAAGAGUUUGAAGCGGUCACUCAAAGGGAACUGCAAGCUCAGAUUCGGGAGUUGAGAGCACAGUUAGAGGAAAGAAACCCCGCAGGGGUUCAACCACAGUCUGAGUGCAAAAGCAAGUGA